AUGCAGGCGGGAGGGGGGUGGUUUGUGCCUUGGACGAUGGGGGUGCAAAAGUUCGCGGUAGCACUACCGAUGGGUGGUGUGGUGCCAUUGGUACCACCACUGUUAGCGGCCUUACCACCACAGCCACCACCGCUCAGACUCAUCGCACCGCCCUUGGCGCAUCAAUCGCAGUCUGGCAGGAAGGGUGAAAAAGACAACACCAAAAACUGUAUACUAUCCUGCGAGAAGAGGAAAGCUGACGAUUCAGAUGUGAACAAAGAUUUGAAAAAGGCUAAACUGGAAACGAAAGCUCUGAAGGCAAAGAGACCUGGAUUCACGGACGACAGAUACAACGAAACGUCUUAUUAUAUAGAAAAUGGACUUAGAAAAGUUUACCCCUACUAUUUUACCUUCACAACCUUCACUAAAGGCAGAUGGGUAGGUGAGAAGAUACUCGAUGUUUUCGCGAGGGAGUUCAGAGCUCAUCCCGCCGCGGAGUAUGAGAGAUGCAUUAGGGCUGGCACCUUAACGGUCAACUAUGAACGUGUGGAUCCAGAUUAUAGGCUGAAACACAACGACCUCUUAGCAAACGUAGUUCACAGGCACGAAGUACCAGUCACCAGCCAACCGAUCACCCUCGUACAUAUCGACGAGGACAUUGUGGUUGUCAACAAACCAGCCUCUAUCCCCGUACACCCAUGCGGGCGGUAUCGACAUAACACGGUUGUUUUCAUACUCGCCAAGGAAUAUAACCUCAAGAACCUUAGAACCAUUCAUAGACUCGACAGGCUAACCUCCGGUCUCCUAUUAUUCGGGAGAAGUCCAAAGAAAGCCAGGCAAAUGGAACAUCAGAUAAGAAACAGACAGGUGCAGAAGGAAUAUGUUUGUCGAGUCGAUGGGGAGUUUCCUGACGAGGAGAUCGAGUGUACUGAACCAAUAGAGGUAGUGAGUUAUAAAAUCGGAGUAUGUAAAGUGUCACAAAAGGGAAAAGACUGUUCCACUACUUUCAAGCGAUUAGGAUACAACACUAAAAGCAACACCAGCGUUGUGCUCUGUCGACCAAAAACAGGAAGGAUGCAUCAGAUCAGGGUUCAUUUACAAUAUCUUGGUUACCCGGUCGUGAACGAUCCAUUGUAUAAUCACCCAGUAUUUGGUCCACUUCGUGGUAAGGGUGGUGACACAGGUGGUAAGACUGAUGAACAGUUAGUGAGAGAUCUGAUAGCUAUACACAACGCCGAGAACUGGCUGGGUGUUGACGCUGGUGAUGAUGAUAUGCUGUUCUCAAAACCGGUAGCUGGUGAUAAAGUUGAGGAUGAAUGUGAGGCUGGCAUGGCGUCGAGGGAGUCGUCUCCAAGGUUGGAGUCACCAGCUCCUGGGCUCACACCAGCUACUGUUAUGACUGGAAUACUGGCGAGUCCAUCAAGUGGGUCGGAGGCCCCAACAGAGGUUCGGUCUCCCGCACACUCACCCUCACUCAACGAGGACUCCAAUGACGCCAAGUCGGACAAAGUGACAGUAGCGACACAGACGGGGUGUACACCGGCGCAUGUUGUACAAAACGUGUCCACCGGUGUAUCGACUAGUGUGUCCAACACGACAGGCGUGUACACCAGCCAAGAACUGACUGUGGACCCACACUGUUACGAGUGUCGCGUGAGGUACAGGGACCCACGGCCUAGAGACCUGGUGAUGUUCCUACACGCUUGGAAAUACAAGGGGCCGGGUUGGGAAUACGAAACAGAACUUCCACAAUGGGCGGACAUAGAUUGGGAAGAAUCUGAGAGUUCAUAG